CCGUUUUUUACGUCGUCUGAAUCCAAGCAGCAACUCACUCGGAAAUUGGAGUUCAGUCAGCGCGAGCACUGCAUUAACGGCUGCUUCAUCGAGACACUUCUUUGAUAACCGGCUGUAAAAAAAAACAUCCUCCAGAAACCGACACCAUGGGCGUGGAAGGCUGCACGAAAUGCAUCAAAUACAUGCUCUUCUUCUUCAAUUUCAUCUUCUGGCUGGCCGGUUGUGUCAUCUUGGGGGUUUCUCUCUGGCUUCGUCAUGACAAUAAAACAAGCAGUCUUCUGGAACUGAAUUAUGAAGGCGCAGAACCACCCAGCACUUUCUACAUCAGUGUCUACAUCUUGAUUGCUGUUGGUGCUGUGAUGAUGUUUGUUGGAUUCCUUGGUUGCUAUGGAGCCAUACAGGAAUCCCAGUGUCUUCUCGGAACAUUCUUUGCCUGCCUGGUAAUUCUGUUUGCCUGUGAGGUUGCUGCUGGAAUCUGGGGAUUCAUGCACAAAGACAAGAUCUCCAAAGAGCUGAUCUCUUUCUAUGACUCUGUGCAUGACAGUGGCGUUUCGAUAGUAGAUAGUGACAAAAGGCAGGCUGCUGUUGCUGUCUUGAAGGUCUUUCACGAGACUCUUAACUGCUGCGGCAAAGGAACAUUUCUUUCAAGUGCUCAAACGUGGCUUACAGAGACCUGUCCUAAAAAAAGUUCGGACAUAUUAAGCAUUCCCUCGAACUGUCACACCCAGAUUGCAGAGCUUUUCUCUAAGAAGAUCUAUUUGAUUGGCAGCGCCGCUUUUGGUUGUUGCCGUUAUCAUGAUCUUUGAGAUGAUCUUCAGCAUGGUGCUUUGCUGUGGCAUCAGGAACAGCCCUGUUUACUGAAACAAAAGGGCAAGAUAUUACCUUUAAAACAUCAGCCAAAAAAAUGUUUUUUUUUAUAUUUACCAUCUCCUAUUUUGUUUUGUAUCUACCAUUGUUUCCUAAUGUAGUCACCCUGUCCAGUUCCUAAAGUCUCAGAAUUUUUUCGUUCAAAUGUUGCAGUGGAACCGCCAACAACUAGUCCGCUAUUGUUUACGCUAUAGUUGGAAAAGACUAGCUGUGAUCUGUAGCUAUAGCAGCAGGCUUACAAAAACGCAGUACAUUAUCACAUGAAGAAUCAAUACAUUUAUUUGCUUGUAGUUUUUUUUUGUGUUAAGUACUGCUAUUGCUAUCGGUUAAUGCCAUUCUUUACUUAUGUACAUGUAUAAACUGUAUAUAUUUGCAGCCCUGUAUGGCUCUUAAGCAUGAAUCUCGUAUUGAACACUCCUGUCCACCUUUCACUCUGAGACUGCUGUUUGUACGUUCAUGUUUCUUCCUGAGAAACCACUAAAUAAACAGUGUUAGCUAGAUGAGAGCGCGAGUCAGAAUAGAGUGCUUAUUGGAAGUGAGAGUAAAAAAGAUUAAUAAGGUUAAAGACGCAUGUUCACUUCAUCUUCCGCGUCCCCCUCCUUCUAGCGCAUUCGAAAUACACUUCACAGGACCGCGCGCUACGUAGUGAACCUUCGUUUUCUAGGCUUCACGCAGACAGAUGCACUGAUAUCAGCGGACUUGCGUGACAUGGCCUGUUGUCCAAAUGUGUAUACUAUUCAUCCUACAUUUUAUGCGAUAUUAGUCAUUUUCAAUACUUUUUUAAGGCAGAUAGGGUGGAUUGUAUGCACAUUGGGACACAGGAUCGGAGUGGAGUUCGGACAAGGAAAGUAUACUUCCGGUUUAAAAUUAUUCAAGUUGAUGAGCACUGCGUUACUUCGUGCAUUAUAUGCCGUUCAAGCUCGGGUCGGUUUAAAGCUUACUAUAUACCGGGUUCUGUGGCUCAACGGGUUAAUGUCGGUCUUGUGGCAUGAUGUUGUUUGCAACAUUUCGAUUCUUUAAAAAAAACUGCAACGAUAUGGGUUACAAUGAAUGCAAUGAGGUCCAUUCCGUUAACUUUUUCUUUACAACUUCACAAUUUUUUUGGCGUAAGGUUAGAACUUAAAAUGAUUGGAUUGCCUUCACAGUUCAAAAAAUAUUUACGUUUUAACUGGUGCGUUUAAUGUAAGCGCGCGUACAAAACGACACGUUUCGCUUUUAAACAGUUGCAUCGUUCGCUCUCGUUUGAAUUGCCUCCCCGUAGUAUUGUUUUGUGUGUAUGUGUGCAUUUUAUUAGUGAGUCGAAAUUAGUUUUUAGCAACAUUGCGUCACAAAUGCUAUCGGUUGAGUUUAACUUGUGAAUUAUAUUGAACCUGGGAUGUUUGCGUAAUGGCAGAAAAGGCACUGAUCUAUGAUCAUCGUGUUUAAGUGUGAGAUCACAUAGAGAGCUGAUCCUGAAUCUGCACUCUUGCUGUGGAAAGCUGUAAACCUAGAGCUCUUAAUGCUCUCUUAAUACACCGCAAUGUAUUUUUCUGGAUGGAGGUCAUAUAAGUAGGGCCCAAAUGUAGAUUCACUGCCCUAGUCACUGAUGUUCUGGCUCUCUUCACAGUGAUCAAAGCCAUAGAGAGGAUUCAUACAUACCUACUAGCCUUAUUAAUGAAACACCCGAUCCCUUAAUCACUUAGAUAGCAAAUCCAGAUCGAUUCCUAAAGGAACUGUCUGUGUUAUGAUAUCACUCGACUGGAAAAUCCAAGUUUGUGAUUGUAUGUUCAUUUGUGAUAUCUGUUGACAGUGAGUUUGGAAGGACAGGCUUGGUUGGUUUACAGGAUUGACGAGCUCUUGACUCUUCACUGCCACCUCUAUCGCAGAUAUAGUUGCUGUAAUAUUUUGUCACUUUCACUAGGUGGCGCUCCAGCAGUAUUCACUUUGAAAACCGACGACUACACCCUUACUAUGCUUGCGUACAUGUCUGUCGCGCACUUCUUCUUCUAAACCGCACUAAUACGAAGCGCCCCUUAUCCCUGAUGCAUAAAUACCAUCAGAUUUGUGAUUUACCAAAUGCAUUAUACAACCCUGUCUUGUUAACACAUAAUGCCUAUGCUGAUAUGCUUAGAAAGUGUCUUGUAAUAUGUACAGCUAUAUAGUAUACUAAUUACCAUGUAAAGACAAUGUAUGCCUUUGAUUGUGAUAGCUUUUUUUUCUGGUACUUGUCAAAAAUGGUUUCGUUUGAAGCAUGUGAGAAUUUUGGGGGGUCCUGACAAGUCGAGCAUGAUCUUCUAACUAUUAAAUAUUACGAAGGAGAAACAGUUGUUUAUGAAAUGAACUGUUGAAGUUGUAACGCAUCAGCAUAUUUGAACAUGAGCAAAUUAUAAUGUCGAAAGGAUCUCAUACUCAUAUCUGAUACCCAAAUUGACAAACUGUAACUCAAGCUGUCUUUACCCUGACGCACCAAUUAUAGAUUUUGGUCUGGUUUUGUUGCCCCAGUAUUUAGGAAUUAAAUGUAUUUUACAAAUAA